AUGUCUUCAAAUGAAAAUCUUUUAUAUUCAUUAAUUCGAAGUAAAACAAUAUUAAAUUUAAAUAGUAAACUUCUAUUCGGUUUAAUAAAUAUAUUAGUUAAUGGAUUAAUUAUCCGUUAUGUUAAUUUAAAUAUAAUUGGAAUAGCUAAUAUUCGUCUUAAAUUAUAUUAUACAACAAUAUUAUUUAUUUCACGAGAAUCUCUUCGUUAUAAUAUACCUUAUUUAAAUAAUAUAGGUUCAAUAUAUCAUUAUAUUAAUUUAAUAUGGUUAUUUAUUUCUCUUCAAUUGUUAAUUAUAUUAUUUUUCUUUUUUUUAACA